CGAUAAGGAAAAUUAGGAAGUAAUUGGUCAGUUAUGCAGCGCACUGGUGCGUGUUGUUUCCACUGCUCACUUACGAACAUGGCUCUUCACCGCAGCAUUCUUCUUAUCCUCACUGGACUCACAGGAAUUCACAGCAUAACUACAGUCAGUGAAGUGUCAGUGAAGGCUGGAGAUUCAAUCACCAUCCCAUGUCUCUAUGAGUCAAAAUACAUAAACCAUGUGAAAUUCUUGUGUAAAGGAUAUUAUUGGACCUCCUGCUCGUAUGCAGUUAAAACAAACAAACCAAGUUCAGGAAAGUUUUUAAUCUCUGAUGACAAAAGCCAAAGAAUCUUCACUGUGACUAUAAAUGAUCUGACGGAUCAGGACACUGAUUACUGGUGUGCUGUGGAGAUUGAUGGAGUGCCAGAUGUCAGAGAGUACUUUCACCUGUCAGUCACCAGAGGUACGCCUAGGCUUUAUGUGGACCAUCAGGAGAUUACAGGAUUUAAGGGAGAAAAAAUAACCAUCAGUUGUUUCCAUCGCAACUCUGGAGAAAUGAAGUGGUGCAGGCUGGGUAGCUCCUGUAUGACAGAGUCGUCUGGAUCAAUAGCUGAAACAAGAGUGACCAUCACUUCAAAGGUUGAUGGUUUCAAUGUGACUAUGAGUAACCUUACGACAGAGAACAGCGGCUGGUAUUUGUGUGUCAGCGGAGACUUUCAGAUGCCAGUGCAUGUAACUGUUACUAAGCAACUUACCACCAAUAGAACACUAAACACAACUGAGGGUCAGCAGAGUGGGAUAGGCAGCCUUGUUCUAGUUGACCUAAAGAGCCUCAUCAUCUCUUUGAGUUUGUUGAGCUUCACUGUUAUGGUGACAUUGGUAAUCUGGUUUAUGUUAAAAAGACACAAGCAAACCAAAGUAGGAUCGUCAGCCAGAACAACAGCUGAAGAGGGUGUAACAUACAGUACUGUUAAGAAAAACAGGAAACCUCAGGAAACCUCAGGACGGGCUGAAGAGGAGGUAACAUACAGCAAUGUUAAGCCUGUGAGAAAAACUUCAAGCAAGAGGUCAGAUGCUGAGAUAACGAGUGAUGUGGACGUGCUGUACAGCUCUGUGGUUAUUGUAGAACGUUAAACGGCACAAAUGGAGGUUUAAGCAAAAGCAGAGGAUGUAACCUAUAGCACAUUGGCUCAGCACCAGGAAAACCUGUAAAUGUCACCCGUAUCACAAAAUCGAAUCUGUCUGUCUGUCUGUUUGUCUGUCUGUCCAUCACUUUUUUUAGACGAUAGUGGGGUAAUAUUGUGUUAUCUGUUAAUGUUUGGUUUUGCAAUAACUUCCUUCUGCUUUUUUCAUUUUGUCGGGAUCUUGGUUUAACUGUUGUAUGUAUUAAGCCUUACAAUGGAAGUAAUCCUGAAACAUAUUUUAGAGAUGUGGAACUUAUACUAUAUUUACUCUGUGUUUUAACUUAUGUAAUUUUCAAGAUUUGAGUCCUAAUAACUUAAUUAAUAAACUUAAUAACUCUACAUUGGGUCUUCUUGCAUGUUUAGAAAAUAAAUCAUUAAUAAAUCAUUUUUUAUUUUUUUAUAUAUAUAUGUAUAUAUAUGUUAUGUUUGGUUUUGUUGUAUUAGUUUUGUAAUUGUUCAGAUUAUGAUUGUUGGUCAUCGUUAUUCAUCUGAUUGGCUUCCUUUUUUUAAAUACAAUAAAGAGAUGUUUCAAAAAUAUAUGAUUGAAUAAAGCUGAAAGAACAAACUUGCAGUGUAUCGUGUCGUACGAUGAGCAGGAAAACAGAGUUUCCUCUCCUCAAGUCAGAAACACAGGUUUUGAAAUUAAGAUUCUGUGGUUUUCAACAAUGACACUGAAGUGCUGUUAAAAAUCUAAAUCAUUUUAUUUGACAUUAUACUUUUAAAGCAAUGACAACCCUCUGAGCAGGAAAAUGUAAUUAUUGGCAUUAAAGAGGUAUUGAAGGACUUUUAAUAAAUGAACACAUUUCAUUCCA